AAUCAUCAUUUUCGUCUUAAUUUUUGGCUCUUUGAGAUGAGAGGCGAGGAGUGCUAGAAACAGAAGAGCUUUCCUUGUUUUUGUGCCCCCAAAGUCGAGAGCUUCAAGAAAAACCAAAUAACUUCAAGCGUAGAUGUGUGUCGAAAUGAUGAAUGACGACCGCGGUUGGAGUUGUAAAAAGGACGACUCGGGUGCUCCUCGGGGCUCUACUGCGUGAGCCAAUCUACAGCAGAGGACUCACGACGGCUCGAGAAGAAGCCUGAACUUUUGUUGAACUAGCCGCCGGAAGAGUCUAGUUCGAACCAACAAGUUGCCGUCUGCUGGAUUGGUUUAAACUCGUUGAACGACAGAAGUCAACAUGUUAAGAAUUUCCCCACUUGUUCUAUCAACAAUCUAAAGAGUAGACACUCUUGUCCUACUAGUAGCACGAUGUUAUUUGACGAACACGAAGGAGCAGGGCAUCAACUACGGCAUUUGGAUUUUAUUAUAGGUCCUUCGUCUUGCGUAUCCAUGACCACUGUUGAGACUACUCAUACUGAUCAGUUUGUUCCUUCUAUUAGAGAAGACUUUCACCACCUUCCCGUGCCCUUAUCUUUCACACAUGUUUUAAAAGAAAAACUAGUUGUGCUUUCGUCUCUGUCUCACAUCUCCUGCUUCUAAUAUGUGCGUCGGCUUCGUCUACGCAAGCGAGGCAGCAGGUAAAUGCGAGCCUCGCAGCUCUUAUCUUAUGAGGAACAUAUCAGAUGAAAAAUGAAAUAUAGCUGCGUCUUCGGGGACGCACGCUAGCAAUAAUGAUGAUAAUUUCCUGUACUGAUUGAUAGAAAGAGGAACUUUACUACUGUAGACAUCAAGAACUUCUAGCUCACUCUAGAACUAUCACUCCCCUUAGCACAACAACCACCCAAAUGAAGCUGCAGAAUGGAAAUGAUGUUCUUGUAUCUCCUACAAAGUAUAAACCUUGAUGCAUGAUGAACGUGGUGAACCGUCAUCGCAGUUCGUGGAGCAUCAGUACAUUUGACAACAUGACGUUAAAGAACAUGAUGGUCACCACACAAAGGUGAGCAAAAGGGAGAGAGCCUGGGAAGAAGUAUGCUCAAAAUUAUUCAUUGCAACCACGUCAAAGGAAAUUGAACAAAACAAAUAAAGCAAAAUAAUGCUACAACCCAAACACUUCCCCUCCCCCCCCACUUGUGCAAGCUUUAAACGUACCCCUGGAUUGGGUUUACCGCCGCUACUACUACUACUACUACUACUACUACUACUACUACUACUACUACUACUACUACUACUACUACUACUACUACUACUACUACUACUACUACUACUACUACUACUACUACUACUACUACUACUACUACUACUACUACUACUACUACUACUACUACUACUACUAUUAUCCACCAUGACCUUGACCGUGAGACAUGACUCCUACCCACCUCUAAUGAGACAAGCCACAGCCGGAGCAGGAGGGGGCGUGUGGAGCAUGGCUAUGCUUUUUCCUCUGGAUACUCUGAAAACGUUAAUACAAGCUUAAGACCCGAGAGUGAUAGAUUGGCUUCAUUAUACUGCAAUUUUUUGUCUCUCCUCUCUGUUGACGUCGAGUGACUCUUCUAAUACCCGGGAAAGACUCGCAGUCCGAAAACACUCGAGGUUUUCUUUUGAGGAUUCUUUGUCAAAGUCUGGAUGAGAAUUAGAAUUUAGUAAAGUUUUUCAGACUCUUGUAGUUGUACUGAGCAGGACGUAGAAGGCGUAGUCAAAACCGGGCAACCGAUCCUCUUCAUCUCCACUAGCGCCAAUUCAGUCGUCACCUCUCAAUCCUCAAUAGCAUCGUUAGCAUUCAAUCUUCACUAGAAGCAUUCAAUCUUCACUACCAUUCAAUCUUCACUACCAUUCAACCUCUAGUACUUCGUUUUCAUCCCUGCUCACAACUGAGGCCUUCCAGCAAGUGCGAGAGGAGGAUGGGGCGCUUUCGCUUUAUCGUGGCCUCGGUGCCAAGGCGUCUGAGACUGCGCUGAAAAAUUUCAUUUACUUCUAUUUAUGGUGAGACACAGCUACAAUCAAUCUAAAAUUUUCAUCAUUCUCUUUAUCUCUACAAUUGUGAAGCAGCGUGAGAGUCAGACUGGAUGUGACGAGAGUGAGUUUUCCCUCGGACAUCCUAGUUUAGACUCUUCAAACAACACUCAUUGCUACUUGUGGUGGGACUUCUGAGAGUUGUGAGUAUGCUGUACGUAGUGUAUGUUGUAUUGUAGGUAGAAGUCUAAUGAAUCUUUAUCUUAUGUCUUCUUAGUUCUACUAAGUAGUUGUACUACUGCAACAUCUUAUUCUCUCUAAUGCAUGCCUACGAAAUAUUGGUCAAGAUUGCCAAGGCAAGGGGGAUGAAGAUGACCACGCUGAAUAACCUCAUUUUAUGCGCUAGAAGACCAAAAUUCUAGACAUCAAAGACCAAGAUUUAUAGUCGUGAAUGCUCACCUCCUCGAGGCGAGCCAGCUCCUAUCCUAUCCUAUCCUAUCCUAUCCUAUCCUAUCCUAUCUGCUACCUUCAUGGUCUGCACCUAUAACCCUCCUGGAACGUGGUCUUCACUCAAGAACAAGCACUUCUUCACUGUUUUCAGCCUUGUUUUCCUUCUACUUCGUUUUCUUCCUUUCCUUCUUCCUCUUCCUUCUUCCUGCACACUAAAUUCUAAGAAAAGUUGGUUACGUCGCAGGGGUUGCAAACAUGGUGUGCAUCAUGCCACUCGAGGUCGUAUCCACCAGGCUGCAAGUAAAACCAAAUUCCUUCUGGAAAGCCACGCGGGAAAUCGUAUUUCAUACCGUUAGGCGCUGCCCUACUUUCUUAUUUUGUAGCUUUUUGGUGAUGCUGGUGGUCGGUCUGAAUGUUAUGUUACCUCAAAUAGUGCAUACUGUUUCCGUAUCAACAACGAAAAACUGAUUUCUUUUUCCUCUUGUUCUUGUAUUUUUUAUUCGUAUUAUUCCUAUCGUCUCCCUGCUCAAAAUGUACACGACCAGAUCGACGAGGAAGGCGCAGCUGGAUUAUAUUCUGGUUUUAAGUUUAACGUGCUUCUGUGCCUAAAUCCUGCAAUAGUGAAUACAGUUUUCGACAUUAUCAAGAAGCGACUUGUCGGAGCCAAGCCUGCGGGAAGCAAGUUCCUCACGCCACUGGAGGCGUUUGCGCUAGUUAUGAUAUAGAGAUAGAAUGAUUGAAAUAGGACUUGUUCUACUACUUCUUUUUGCAUCAGCACAUAUUCAUCUUCAACUUAUCGAAUGCAUCUGAUGAACAUGAUCCGAUGAUGAAUCCUUCUAAUAAAUUGUAAGUACAAGAACAAAGGCGGGCACUACUUAGUUGUACCUAAAAACAUCAAGUACUUGACCUGAAAGAUCUCCUUUCUCAACAUCCGCUUCUAACUCCAGCGCCUUCGCAAAGUGUGUCGCUACCAUCCUGACGUAUCCAUUGGUAAGGAUAAAAACCGUUUUGCAGACUGGCCUCGCCAAGGAGAACGAGGAAAACUGCAAAUCAGAGUCGCUAUGGACUUUCUACUUCCGAGGAUUGGGACCGAGUUUGGUACUCUUUGAUGUGAUUUUGUUGUAGUAGUGCAGGUUCUACAAUGAAUCCCUAGUUGUAGCGCAAGUUGAAGUCAAUUGCAGACGAUCUAAGUCUAACUCUAGCUCGUCGUUGACUUGCUGAAGAGACACAUGAAGAAGUGCAAAAAAAAGAAAUAAAUUAAAACACUCUUCUACUGAGGGAAAGGGUUCCACAUUAAUUCAUGCAUCUAGACAACACCUCGCGAACAGGUACAUGAAUGAAUGAAUGAAUAUGAAGCUACAGCACCAACUACAUCGAUCAUGACAAUCUUCGUCUUCACCUGUUCAUCCAUUCCACCAAAGAUCCUCCACCACUAGGCUCCCAUCGAUCACUUGCUCCGCCUACUAUCUUCAUACUGUUCUACUUGUGAUUAUAAUUUACACAGGUAAAAACAGCAUCUCAGGCAGCUCUGAUGUAUAUGGCAAAGGAAAGGAUAGCGGUAAUUACCAAACUCCUGCUCAAAUCCGCCGUCCAUUUUGUACGACCUGAGGGCAGACGCUCAAAGAUCAAGGUAUUGGGUGGAAAGCCGCUGGCGUAAAGGAAGGUUCUGGGGAGCCGUGGUUGUUGUAGAAGGUGGACAGCUCCUAAUGUUCAACAACAUUAUGAGCGAAGAAGUGCAUGCCAACAUUAUGAUCAUCAUAUCAUUACGAUACAGAUGAUGGCACAUUCAUCGAUUAUAUCUUCAUAUUCAGACAACUUCAUGGCGCGUUUGCCAGUGCCGCCUGUGGGCCGUCUGUGGGUCCUCUGUGGAUAGCCGUCUAUCCUUCUGGUAAUAAAGAUUGUCACUCAUGCGACUGCUCUCCGUUUUCCAUCUGAGACCGCAAUCAACUUAGAGUUUAUUCAGGGUGUGUCGUGUUGAGGUUCAUUCAAAAUCAAAGGGGCACGUUCAUGCUUGUGCCUGCAUUUCAUCCUCCAUGGGGACCCGACGAUGAAAGUUCAAAUCUAAAGACUCCACGAGGGCAACCACUUCUAGUUCUAGGGUGGCUCAACCUCGUACUUAUUUUCCACGCGUUGAUCUUCAUAAUUCAACAUCUGUUUUUCAUUAAGUAGAAUUGGUCCCCAUGAUGAAUCUACUUCAAAAAUCUUCCUGGACCUGGUGGUCCCUUAGUUUUUUCUUCACCAAUGACCCACGAAUCAAAAUUUUUGCAAAUCUACCAACGUGAAUAUAGACAUGUCCUCUCCUCGUCCUGUGCUUUCACUUCUUGUUUUGAAGGGACUCAAACCGAUCUUCAUACAACUGCUCUUCAUACAACCAUCCCGAUCUUGAUGCCGGUUGGUGGGCCUCCUUUUAUGCCUUGUUCACAAG